GAGGCGUGGGUGGGUCGAGAGGGGUGCAAGGGGAGGGGUCUCACCUCGCUCCCCGACUGCCCGGCGUGGCAAGUAGACUCCACGAGAGAGCGGGGGAGAGUGAGAGAGAGCGAGUUAGAGAGCGAGCGUGGGAGACUCUCUCACACCCAACCGCCAUGGCUUCUCGCAAGACUCACUGAAGACACGCGCACUUAGAGCAAAAAUCUCACACUGGGGCGCCUUCCGAACCUCGACCAUCAGUCAUCUGAGAUAUCAUCGACCCCGACCAAUCACCUCGACCAUCAGUCAUCUGAGAUAUCAUCGACCCAGACCAAUCACCUCGACCAUCAGUCAUCUGAGAUAUCAUCGACCCCGACCAAUCACCUCGACCAUCAGUCAUCUGAGAUAUCAUCGACCCCGACCAAUCACCUCGACCAUCAAUCAUCUCGAGGGGGCCUUCCUCUGCCCCUCCGCAGACGAGCGAGGACCCCUCGCCGACUCCGCCGUCCACCCCCCGCCCGCAGCCCUCCCUUCCUGCCGCCUGUUGCCGGCCGCCGAACGUUUGGCAACUUUGGGUCCUUGGCGGCAAUUCAUCGUGCGGGAAUUACGCCGACAUCGUCAUGUGGACCAACAUCAACAACAACGUCAACAACAACGUCAACAACAACGUCAACAACAACAAGGACAACAACAGCAGCAGCCGUGCCCGUCGCUGGCUGUGGCGGGGCUCGGCUAUGGGGGUCGCGGGGCUGUUCGUGAUGGCAGCCGCAGGAGUCCUCCUCCAGGGGUCUCUGGCCGAGGGGCCCGGACCACAGGGGCUGGAGCUCAGAGGAGCCCCCCUCGAGUUUCGGGUUCGAGGAGGAGGUGGUGGAGGUGAUGGUCGAGGCGGUGGUGGUGGAGGAGGUGAUGGAGGAGGAGAUGGAGGAGCAGGUGGUGGCGGUGCCGUCUUACGGCGAGCGAGGCGCAGCUGGGUAUGGAACCAGUUCUUCGUACUGGAGGAGUAUACCGUCACGGAGCCCGCGUCCGUGGGCAAGCUCUACUCGGACCUGGACCACCAGGACGGCUCUGUGAGGUACGUGCUGAGCGGCGAGGGUGCGGGCAGCACCUUCCUCAUCGACGAGUACACGGGCGACAUCCGCGUGUCAGGCCGCGUGGACCGCGAGCACAAGGCGCAGUACACCCUCGUGGCACAGGCGCUCGACCGCCUGACGGGCACGCCGCUCGAGCCCCGCUCCGAGUUCAUCAUCAAGGUCCAGGACAUCAACGACAACGAGCCGCGCUUCCCCGACGCUCCCUACAGGGCCGUGGUGCCCGAGAUGGCCGACGUGGGCACCUCCGUGAUCCGCGUGUCGGCGAGCGACGCGGACGACCCCGCGUACGGGAACAGCGCGAAGCUCGUGUACAGCAUGCGCGAGGGACAGCCACACUUCUCCAUUGAUGCCAAAACAGGCGUGAUCCGCACGGCGCUGCCCAACAUGGACCGCGAGGUGCGCGACUCCUACAAGCUCGUGGUGGAGGCCAAGGACAUGGCCGGGCAGCGCGGGGGCCUCACCGGCACGGCCACCGUCAGCGUCUCCUUGGGGGACAUCAACGACAACCCCCCGAGAUUCACCAGGAACACGUACCAGAUGUCCGUGUCGGAGUUGGCCCCCGUGGGCACCACGGUGGGGGGGGUGCUCGCCACGGACGCCGACGUGGGAGAGAACGCGCGCUUCUCCUACAGCAUCGUAGGGGGCAGCGACACCUUCAACAUCCGCACCGAGGCCGGCUCGCGCGAGGGGUUCAUCACCCUCAAGCAGCCGCUGGACUACGAGAGCCGCCGCUCCUACUUCCUCAAGGUGGAGGUGCAGGGCCCGGGCCCCGAGGGCCGCGCCGCCGCCGCCGCCGUGGGCCCCUUCCGCGACGCCACGAGCGUGACGGUGUCGGUGGACGACGGCGACGAGGCCCCGGCCUUCUCCCCGGCCGAGCGCUCGCUGGAGCUGCGCGAAGACGCGGCGCGCGGCCGCCUCCUGGCCACGCUGGUGGCCCGAGACCCCGACACUGCCGGCGUGCCUGUCAGGUACUCCAUCGACCGCAGCACGGACCCGGAGGGCCACUUCCAGAUCGACGGAAGCAGCGGUGCGCUGACGCUGGCGCGGGAGCUCGACCGGGAGACGCGCGCGUGGCACAACCUCUCGGUGAUCGCCACGCAGACCGACGAGGCGGCGCUGUCUGGCCGGGGCCGCGUGUCUCUGCGCGUUCUGGACGUCAACGACAACGCCCCUGUGCUGGAGCUGCCGGCAGAGGCGCUCGUCUGUGAGGGGGCGCGGGCUGGACAGCUGGUGUACACGCUGAGUGCACGCGAUGAGGACGAGUCGUCACCCCCUUCCGGCUUCCGCUUCUCGCUCAACCCGGACUCCUCCGACAACUUCACCCUGCGGGACAACCUCAACGGCACGGCCGCCCUCUUCACCCGCCGCCGCCUCUCCGGCCGCGCCGGCGGGCCCCCGGGGCCGCGCCACGCCACGGGGACGCUGGCGGUGCGCCUCUGCGCCUGCGCCGAGCGCGACGGCGCCCUGCACGUGGCCUGCAGCGCCCAGCAGCCCGUCGUGGUGCUCGCCGGGGUCGGCACCGAGGCCCUCGUCGCCCUCCUCGCCUGCAUCCUCAUCCUCCUCGUGCUCGUCGUGCUCUUCGUCGCCCUGCGCCGGCGUCGGAAGGAGCCGCGGCAGCGGCCGACGAGGAGGAGAUCCGGGGAGAACAUCAUCGCGUACGACGACGAGGGCGGGGAGGAGGACACGCGCGCCUUCGACAUGAGCGCCCUGCGCACGCUGCAGGCCGGCCUCGUCCGCCAACCCCUCCUCCACCGCCUUCGACGCCGCCGCCGCCGCCGCCGGCGCCAAACAACGCCGGCACCGCCGCGGGCGCGCUGUGCUGCUUGCGCCAGGACGUCCCUCCCGUCGUGGUCGGGCUCCAGCAGAAGCUGGGCCCGCCUCCACCGCCUCCUCCUCCUCCUCCUCCAGCCGCACCUUCCACCGCCACCAGCGGCAGCACGAGCCAUCGCCAUCAUCAUUACCACCACCAGCAUCAGCAGCAGCAAUCAGCAGCAGCAGCAGCAUGGCACGGGUGACAUGCAGGGCUUCAUCGCGGGGCGCGUGCGGGUGGCGGACUGCGACCCGCUGGCUCCGCCGUACGACUCCAUGCAGGUGUACGCCUACGAGGGCGCCGGCUCGGCCGCCGACUCGCUCAGCUCGCUCAGCUCGGGGGGGCCCGACGGGGAGCAGGGCUACGACUUCCUGCACGAGUGGGGGCCGCGCUUCCAGCGGCUCGCCGAGAUGUACGGCGCCGGUGAUGACGACGUGCAGUGAGGAGGUGGAGAGGAGGACGAGAAGGAGGAGGUGGUGGAGAAGAUUCGAGGAGGAUGAGGGGGGAGUGGGGGUUUAGUUUGGGUGAUAAUGAUGAU